CCCCCAGCCCCCGCGCUCUCCCGUGCUGCCUCCCCGAUUGCCUCGCAUUGCAUCGCCAUGGGCUUUCUAAAACUGAUCGAAAUCGAGAACUUCAAGUCCUACAAGGGUAAGCAGAUAAUCGGGCCCUUUCAGAGGUUCACAGCCAUUAUCGGGCCUAACGGCUCGGGGAAGUCAAAUCUCAUGGACGCUAUCAGUUUCGUGCUGGGCGAGAAGACCAGCAAUUUGCGUGUUAAGACUUUGCGGGAUCUGAUCCACGGGGCUCCCGUGGGCAAACCAGCUGCCAAUCGUGCCGCGGUCAGCAUGGUGUAUUCAGAGGACAGCGGGGAAGACCGCACCUUUGCCCGCAUAAUUGUGGGGGGCUCUUCGGAGUACAAAAUCAAUAACAAGGUGGUCCAGCUACUUGAAUACAGCCAAGAGCUGGAGAAACUGGGCAUCCUCAUCAAAGCUCGGAAUUUUCUAGUGUUCCAGGGCGCUGUGGAGUCUAUUGCUAUGAAGAACCCCAAGGAACGGACGGCCUUGUUUGAGGAGAUCAGCCGCUCAGGGGAACUGGCCCAGGAAUAUGAUAAGCGGAAGAAAGAGAUGGUAAAGGCUGAGGAAGAUACCCAGUUCAAUUACCACCGAAAGAAGAAUAUUGCAGCAGAGCGCAAAGAAGCCAAGCAAGAGAAAGAGGAGGCUGACCGCUACCAAAGGCUGAAAGACGAGGUUGUUCGGGCCCAGGUGCAGCUGCAGCUAUUCAAACUGUAUCACAAUGAAAUGGAGAUUGAGAAACUAAAUAAGGAACUCACUUCCAAGAACAAGGAGAUUGACAAGGAAAAGAAGCGCAUGGACAAGGUGGAAGAAGAGCUGAAGGACAAGAAGAAAGAACUAGGCAAAAUGAUGCGUGAGCAGCAGCAGAUUGAGAAGGAGAUAAAAGAGAAAGACUCAGAGCUUAAUCAGAAGCGGCCCCAGUACAUCAAGGCCAAGGAGAAUACUUCACACAAAAUCAAGAAGCUGGAAGCUGCCAAGAAGUCUCUGCAGAAUGCCCAGAAACAGUACAAAAAAAGAAAGGGAGAUAUGGAUGAACUUGAAAAAGAAAUGGUGUCAGUGGAGAAGGCAAGGCAAGAGUUUGAAGAUCGCAUGGAGGAAGAGAGUCAGAGCCAGGGGCGGGACCUGACUCUGGAGGAGAACCAAGUAAAAAAGUACCACAGGCUGAAGGAGGAGGCAAGUAAAAGAGCAGCCACCCUGGCUCAGGAGCUGGAGAAGUUCAACCGGGACCAGAAGGCUGACCAGGACCGGCUGGACUUAGAGGAGCGAAAGAAAGUUGAGACAGAGGCCAAGAUCAAACAGAAGCUUCGGGAAAUUGAAGAGAAUCAGAAGCGAAUUGAGAAGCUGGAAGAAUACAUCACCACCAGCAAGCAGUCUCUAGAGGAACAGAAAAAACUAGAGGGGGAGCUAACUGAGGAAGUUAAGCUUGCUAAACAGCGCAUUGAUGAAAUCAACAAAGAGCUGAAUCAGGUGAUGGAGCAGCUUGGUGAUGCCCGCAUAGACCGCCAGGAAAGCAGCCGGCAGCAACGCAAGGCAGAGAUAAUGGAGAGCAUCAAACGCCUCUAUCCUGGUUCUGUGUAUGGCCGUCUCAUUGAUCUGUGCCAGCCAACACAGAAGAAGUACCAGAUUGCUGUGACUAAAGUGUUGGGAAAAAAUAUGGAUGCCAUCAUUGUGGACUCUGAGAAGACUGGCCGGGACUGUAUCCAGUACAUCAAGGAACAGCGUGGGGAGCCUGAGACUUUCUUACCACUUGACUACCUAGAAGUGAAACCAACAGAUGAGAAGCUGCGGGAACUGAAGGGGGCCAAGCUGGUGAUUGAUGUGAUUCGCUAUGAACCACCACACAUCAAGAAGGCCCUCCAGUAUGCCUGUGGCAAUGCUCUAGUAUGCGACAAUGUUGAAGAUGCCCGGCGCAUUGCCUUUGGUGGCCACCAGAGACACAAGACAGUGGCACUAGAUGGGACACUUUUCCAGAAGUCUGGUGUCAUAUCUGGGGGAGCGAGUGACCUCAAAGCCAAGGCCCGCCGCUGGGAUGAGAAAGCAGUUGACAAACUGAAGGAGAAGAAAGAGCGUCUGACAGAGGAGCUAAAGGAACAGAUGAAGGCCAAGCGGAAGGAGGCCGAGCUGAGGCAGGUGCAGUCCCAGGCUCAUGGCUUGCAGAUGAGGCUCAAAUACUCCCAGAGUGACCUGGAACAGACAAAGACCCGGCACCUUGCACUCAAUCUACAGGAAAAAUCCAAGCUAGAGAGUGAGCUGGCUAACUUUGGGCCACGGAUCAAUGACAUCAAAAGGAUCAUUCAGGGCCGGGAACGAGAGAUGAAAGACCUGAAGGAGAAGAUGAACCAGGUAGAGGAUGAGGUGUUUGAGGAGUUCUGCCGAGAGAUUGGAGUUCGCAACAUUCGUGAAUUUGAGGAAGAAAAAGUGAAACGGCAGAAUGAAAUAGCCAAGAAACGGCUUGAAUUUGAGAACCAGAAAACUCGCCUGGGUAUUCAGCUAGAUUUUGAGAAGAAUCAGCUGAAAGAGGACCAGGACAAGGUGCACAUGUGGGAGCAGACGGUAAAGAAGGAUGAGAAUGAAAUUGAAAAGCUCAAAAAGGAGGAGCAGAGACACAUGAAGAUAAUUGAUGAAACUAUGGCCCAGCUGCAAGACCUCAAGAACCAGCAUCUGGCAAAGAAAUCUGAAGUCAAUGACAAGAACCAUGAGAUGGAAGAGAUCCGUAAAAAGUUGGGUGGGGCCAACAAAGAAAUGACCCACCUGCAAAAAGAGGUAACUGCCAUAGAAACAAAGUUAGAGCAGAAGCGGAGUGACCGUCACAACCUGUUGCAGGCUUGCAAGAUGCAGGACAUCAAGCUGCCCCUGGCCAAGGGCACCAUGGAUGACAUCAGCCAAGAAGAAGGGAGCUCCCAGGGAGAGGAGUCUGGGAGUGGCUCACAACGAACAUCCAACAUCUAUGCCCGUGAGGCCCUCAUUGAAAUUGACUAUAGUGACCUCUGUGAGGACCUAAAAGAUGCUCAGGCUGAAGAGGAAAUUAAGCAGGAAAUGAACACACUGCAGCAGAAGCUGACUGAACAGCAGAGUGUGCUGCAGCGCAUUGCAGCUCCCAACAUGAAGGCCAUGGAGAAACUGGAGAGUGUGCGUGACAAGUUCCAGGAGACAUCAGAUGAGUUUGAGGCAGCUCGCAAGCGGGCCAAGAAAGCUAAGCAUGCCUUUGAGCAGAUUAAAAAGGAACGCUUUGACCGCUUCAAUGCCUGCUUCGAGUCUGUUGCCACCAACAUUGAUGAGAUCUACAAAGCCCUGUCCCGCAACAGCAGUGCUCAGGCCUUCUUGGGGCCAGAGAACCCAGAGGAGCCAUACUUGGAUGGGAUUAACUACAACUGUGUAGCCCCUGGCAAGCGAUUCCGGCCCAUGGACAACCUGUCUGGUGGGGAAAAGACUGUAGCAGCCCUUGCUUUGCUCUUUGCCAUCCACAGCUACAAACCAGCCCCAUUCUUUGUCCUAGACGAGAUUGAUGCAGCAUUAGAUAACACCAACAUUGGCAAGGUUGCCAACUACAUAAAAGAACAGUCAACUUGCAACUUUCAAGCCAUUGUCAUUUCACUGAAGGAAGAAUUUUAUACGAAGGCCGAGAGUCUGAUUGGUGUCUAUCCUGAACAAGGGGACUGUGUUAUCAGCAAGGUACUGACAUUUGACCUUACCAAAUACCCAGAUGCCAACCCUAACCCCAAUGAGCAGUAGUGCCGCCUAGGGAAGGGGGUGGGACCUCAGAGCUGUAGGCCAGGAUUAGUUGCCUUAACUGUCCAAUUUGGUAGAGAAUCAUGUUGCAGGCCUACAAGAUGCAGGACUUCUACCCAAUUAUACAGAAUCAUGGUCUUUAUGCCAUUUAAGGAAGUAUAAAGCAGUAUGUUAAGAGACAGCGAGGUGCAUUUCUGCACUGGGGUGGGGGAAGAUGAGCCUGGUUACUUCUCCCCCAAUCCCAACCUCCAAUGCCUCUUGAAUAAUUAUGUUGGAAAUCUUUCUUUUAGAAUAGGGGUUCUUAAUCUGGUGUCUGUGAACUUGUGUUUGUUUUUUAAAUAUUUUGAUAAAUGUAUUUCAAUAUAA